ACGAAACAUCAGUACUCGGGAGCGUGCACGGUUCACCGAGUCGCAUCGGCUUUGCACUAAAUUGAAGAAGAUGGCGAUGUGCGCGCUGUUCCGGCGCUUUUCUGCGAUUCUACCUGCUCUUUCGGGAGCUGUCCAUGUUUCCCGGUGCCAAACACUGCAAAAGACAAAUAUCUUAAGGGCUUUUAGCACGACGUCCUGCCUCACUGAAGCUCUCAGAUUUACAGACAAACAUGAAUGGGUACGAGUAGAAGGGAGUAUUGGUACAGUCGGCAUCAGCAAUUAUGCUCAGGAAGCACUAGGUGAUGUGGUAUACUGUGGACUACCAGAGGUUGGAACCAAGCUUCAACCGAUGGAUGAAUUUGGUGCAUUAGAAAGUGUAAAAGCUGCCAGUGAGUUAUAUUCUCCAUUAAGCGGAGACGUAGUAGAAAUUAACACAGAACUGACCGAGAACCCCAACCUUGUCAAUUCAUCCUGCUACGAUCGUGGCUGGUUGAUUAAGAUGACCAUAGAAAACCCUGGAGAACUUGAAGCUCUUAUGGAUGAAACUGCAUAUGAAAAAUAUGUCAAGUCACUUGAGUAACGUGUUUAAACUCAUUUCAUGUCCGGUAUUAAUCAAAAAGAUCAUUUUAAUAUUUACACUCAGCUGUAAAUUUUCAUUAUUAGUUUACUAAUAAAAUUUUAUAGAGUCUG